AUAGUUGUGCAUAGGUGUGUCGACCCUUUCGAAAUAAUAACCAUUAGCGGUUCUUGUCGGUAAUUAGGGAGACAAAUUAUUUAGUGUUGUUCGUUCUUGCAACGAUAAAGAUGGCGGCCAACGAAGAAAAUAGUCGAGUUUUGAUACUCGGAGGGACAGGAUUCAUUGGCAGAAAUUUAGUUCACUAUUUGGUUUCUAAUAAUUUAGCAAGCAAGGUGAGAGUUGCAGAUAAGGUGCCCCCUCAGAUGGCUUGGAUGAACAAGAUUCAUAAAGAUGUCUUUGCUAGUCCAGUAGUAGAGUUUAAACAUUCCAAUCUUAUAAACCCAGCGUCGGUGUCAUCCGUGUUCACAGACGAGUCGGGAAAUUACGAUUUCGUGAUAAACCUUGCGGCUGAAACAAAAUAUGGACAAUCAGACAACGUUUAUAGGGAAGGUAUCGUGAGACUUGGUAUGAACUGUGCGGAGGAAGCAGCCAGAAGAAAUGUGAAAUUAUAUAUUGAGAUAUCGUCUGGUCAAAUGUAUUCCAGUGAUAAGAAACCUGCCAAUGAGGAUUUGAAACCUGAUCCAUGGACGCAUGUAGCCAAGUAUAAGUUACAGGUGGAGAACCAAUUAAGUCAUGUGACGGGUCUGAAAUAUCGUGUAAUAAGACCUGCUAUAGUUUAUGGUGUCGGAGACAAAUGUGCACUUGGUCCUAGAAUUAUAAUUGGUGCAAUAUACAAGUAUAUCAGACAAAGAAUGAAGUUGCUAUGGACGAAGGAACUAAAGAUGAACACUAUCCAUGUAGAUGAUCUAUGUAAAGCUAUUUGUCAUUUAUUCACUCACGGUGAGUCAGGGCAGGUGUAUCAUUGUGUGGAUAAAGGACAUACAAAUCAAGGACAAAUUAGUGAGUUAGUGGCUCAGAUAUUUGGCAUUUCUUAUGAAUUUCUUGGAUCUAUCAAAUCAAACCUGGCAAGAAUGAACAUGACCUCGGUUGUAGAAGAUAUCAAUGAUAAACACAUGGCGCCCUGGGCCGAGGCUUGUACCAGAGAUGGCAUCAAAAACACUCCUCUAAAUCCAUUCUUAGAUCAGGAGUUACUAUACAACAAGCAUAUACAUUUAGAUGGUAGUAAAUUAGAAGAAACUGGCUUCACAUGUGACCACCCAUACCUGGAAAUUACACAACUUAAACAGGUCCUUGAUGAUUAUAUCAAUAUGGGAUUAUUUCCUCAAACUUUGUUGUCAGGGGAGACAAAUCUGAAGAACCGAUUAGAAGACCUUGACUUGGAGAAUGACCUUGACUUGGAGAAUGACCUUGGCUUGGAGAACGACCUUGAGAAUGGUAAUGUUGAAGAGCUCCAGGAGGAGAUAAAAAAAGUUCAUUUGGACAAUGGAAGCUGAUGCAGUCAUCUUGGUGUUACGAGCACAUGUUGUAUUUUAAGUUCGACCAAUCAUAAAUGUUUUUUUAUAUCUCUGCCGCAUUACAUUACCAAGAUAUACAUGUAGAUAUCAUUCCUUUCGCCACAUUACAUUACCAAGAUAAACAUGUUGAUAUCAUUCCUUUCGCCACAUUACAUUACCAAGAUAAACAUGUUGAUAUCAUUCCUUUCGCCACAUUACAUUACCAAGAUAUACAUGUUGAUAUCAUUCCUUUCGCCACAUUACAUUACCAAGAUAUACAUGUUGAUAUCAUUCCUUUCACCACAUUACAUUACCAAGAUAUACAUGUUGAUAUCAUUCCUUUCGCCACAUUACAUUACCAAGAUAUACAUGUAGAUAUCAUUCCUUACGCCACUUGUUUGACUGUAAAAAAGACUGGAAAGUCCAUGCAUAUUAGGGGUGUCAUGUUAAUCUGUUGAAACCCGUUGUGACCGGUUUUUAGCAAAAAAAAAACUGUUAAAAAAUACAAUAACCGGUAACCUAGCUAAGUAUUGACAAAGGGGCGAAUAAGUAAUAAGUCGAUUCUAAAUAUUACCUUAGUUUUUUUCAUAACAAGAUAUGACAACUGUUUGUAUUUUAGUUGUACUCAACAAUGUAUUUUUUUCGAUCUGAGCAAAUAUGAUACAACCCUUGCAGAAAAUAGUAACUUCUUGUUCGGAUAUGUAUUGUAAUCAAAAAAAAUUUUUGGGACAACAAAAUAUUUACAAAAUAACAUUUUGCAUUAUGAUAAAGAAACAAAAAUAAGUAUAUGUUGUACAUGUAAAUCUAAAGAUUUUAUUAGUUUGGUCUGUUAAACGUUUAACACGGUUAUAACGUUUAUGGUUUAAACGGUUAGCAUUUUUUUCUAACAGUGACACCCUUUACGCAUUAAUUGGAACAAGAAGAUUUUGGCUUUAUGCAAACACAGCUUAUAGAUGAAGAAUAUGUUAUUGUUACAUUUAUUUACAUCUAAAAAGGAAUGAAUUUUCUGUUUUUUAUAUACUUUUUCUCUUUUAAGAUGUUACAAUUUGAAAAUUUUGUGUCUUGGCUGAAUUAAGAAAAAAGUAGUUCUGGCAAGAUAUCGGUGAAAAUAUUGAAAAUAUGUUUCACAGUAGUGAUAAAUAAAUUUUUACAGUGAAAAGGAAAAUGAAAAUAUGCGUUAUAUUUCAUCAAAAUUUCUCAAUACUUCAUUUAUACGUAUAUGAUAAAGAUUCAUUACUUAACGUAUUCAACUUGUUCUAUUUAAAUGUUAUGCUCACCAAGAACUUGCACAAUAAAACAAGUUUUUUUGGGGGACAAAAACUUUCAUUCCAAAGUACUUGAUUAGCUUAUUGCAGAUAAAGGGACCAAAAAUGAUGAAAGUAUAGAAGUUUUUUU